AUGGCUGUGGCAAGAAGGGAAGAUGUGAAGAGGCUGCUGGAAGUCGAAGACUGUGUCUCAAUUGAUCAAGAUGACAGUCAUAGCUUUCAAACUGUCAAGGGAUACAAGCUUCCACCCCUUGUUGGUGCUUUAAGAGCUUCAGCGAAAGAAAAUGCCGCCAGUUUUCACUUCCCGGGGCAUAAUAGAGGGCAAGCUGCGCCACUGGUUUUCACACAGCUCAUUGGUAAACGACCAUAUCUUCACGAUUUACCUGAGCUUCCAGAACUUGACAACCUCUUUAAUCCUGAGGGACCCAUUCUGGAAGCACAAGAAAAGGCAGCUGAACUUUUUGGAGCAUCAGAGACAUGGUUCCUCGUCGGGGGCAGUACAUGUGGAAUACAGGCAGCCAUUAUGGCUACUUGUUCACCUGGUUGUCAUCUUAUCCUUCCUCGGAACUCUCAUAUAUCAGCGGUAUCUGCUAUGGUUGAAAAGGCAAUUGAGGAGCUAAAAAUGAAAGGUGAAAACGCGGGCGCAGUCUUGGUCGUAUCUCCUACUUAUCAUGGUAUUUGUAGCAAUAUUACUGAAAUAUCGCAGGUUUGCCAUUCUCAUAACAUCCCUCUGAUUGUGGACGAAGCACAUGGUGCCCACUUAGGCUUUCACCGUCUGCUUCCAAAAUCAGCUCUUUCACAAGGUGCUGAUCUCGUCAUACAGUCCACUCACAAAGUUUUGUGCUCUCUUACACAGUCAUCAAUGCUACACAUGUCCAGAAAUCUUGUUAACAGGGAUAAAGUUUGCAGAUGCCUUCAAACAGUUCAAAGUAGCAGUCCAAGUUAUCUUCUGUUGGCGUCGUUAGAUGCUGCAAGGGCUCAGGUUAGUGAAAACAAAGAAAAUGUUUUCAAUGAGGCAGUAGAACUAGCAGUGGAAGCAAAACGCAUGAUGAAUGAAAUUCCCAACAUUUCUGUCCUCGACAUUGCAAGUUUUCCCCAGUUUCCUGCUAUUGAUCCCUUGAGGGUGACAAUUGGAACAAAAUUGCUUGGUCUUUCUGGCUUUGAAGCUGAUGAUAUCUUAACCAAGGGCGUGGGGCUUGUUUCAGAACUAGUUGGGACUCAAUCUAUAACAUUAGCAUUUAAUCUGGGAACUCGAAAAGAGCAUGUCUUGAGGCUCAUUUUUGGUUUGAAACACCUAGUUACAGUUUCAGCAGAUACCGAAUGCACAGUGUAUAGUGAGAAUGAUUAUGAGCUCGUUGCACCCUUUGGAAACAGUAACAUGAGUCUAUCCCCAAGAGAGGCUUUCUUUGCUGAUAAAAGAAAAGUUGCCAUAAAAGAUAGUAUUGGUCAAAUCAGUGGCGAGCUUUUAUGUCCUUACCCACCUGGCAUACCAGUACUAAUCCCUGGGGAGGUUAUCUCUGAAGCAGCUUUGGACUACUUGAUACAUUUAAAUAGCAAGGGUGCUGUUAUAACUGGAGCUUCUGAUUGUUCUCUUUCCUCCCUUCUGGUAAUCAAUCUGUUCCUCUCCAGAUGUAGCUUGUGUCCUGGCUACAAUAGUGCAAAGGUGAAACAAUGCAUCAAACAUAAACCAGAGACAACUACAAAUAUUUACAUGCAGCGGCACUCGUCAGGUAACAGAUACUUUACUCGAAGACUAGUUGGAAAUACCAUUCCAGCACAAUAUGCUGCUGCUGUAGCAGAUUCACUUGACACAGUGAGUUGCUUCAGUAGGCUAGCAGAUUCACUUGACACAGUGAGUUGCUUCAGUAGGAUAUUUGAACAAAUCAAGAAGCCCACUUCAAACUUUGUUGAUUUGUGUGUCUACUUCAGACCCCAAUGGGUUUCAUAA